GACGGGCCACUAAGCACUCUCGCGCACAGUACUCGCACUGCGCCCGAGGCACUACAAUAGAAACACAAACAAACUAUGCCUCCCUACCGCAUUCCAUCGCGCGGCGGUGAAUUCCUCUUUCACGGCGUCAAACGGGAGCAGAGCUUUUAGGUAGAAAUAUCUAAAGAAAGCGGCUCGCCCCUUUAUUAAACCCCGCCCCCUCCCUGCCUGCUAAGGCAACCUUCUCGUGUGAAAACUACGUGUCCAAAAAAAAAAAAAAAAAAGGGGCAAUUAACACACCUCCCUGCUUUUCCUUACUCUGCUAAUACAGGAUUACCAGAGCAGACAUUGCAGAAGUGCAGCUGUCCCCUCCAAUAUGCUGGACCCGUCUUCCAGUGAAGAGGAGUCAGAUGAGGUACUGGAGGAAGAAAGGCGCGAUGUUCUGGUUGCAGGGACCUCUCCGAGGCUCGUGCUGCCUUCUCAGGGCAGAGAUUCCCGGGAACCGGCAGGACGGGCGGGCACUGCAAGACCGGUUAGCCCGAGCCCGUCGGUUAUAAGCGAAGAGCGAGAAGAACAAGAGAGACAGCAGAAGGAAGAAGCAGACAGAAGGAUAAGGUUGCAACUGUACGUGUUUACUAUUAGGUGCAUCGCUUAUCCAUUUAACGCAAAGCAGCCCACAGAUAUGGCAAGGAGGCAACAGAAGCUUAACAAGCAACAGCUUCAGUCAAUAAAGGAAAGAUUCCAGGCAUUUCUGAAUGGAGAGACGCAGAUUGUUGCAGACGAAGCAUUCUACAAUGCAAUUCGAUGUUAUUUUGAGGUGUUUCUCACAAGUGAGCGAGUGGCUAGGAUGGUACAUUGUGGCGGUUGCUCAGCAAAUGACUUCAGAGAAGUCUUUAAGAAAAACAUAGAGAAAAGGGUCCGCAGUUUGCCAGAAAUAGACGGACUGAGCAAAGAAACGGUACUAAGCUCUUGGUUAGCAAAAUAUGAUGCCAUUUACCGUGGGGAAGAAGAUUUACGAAAGCAGCCCAAAAGGAUGGCAUUAACUGCGGUCUCCGAACUUAUCCUCAGCAAAGAACAGUUAUAUGAAAUGUUUCAACAAAUCCUAGGGAUCAAAAAGUUUGAACACCAGUUGCUUUAUAAUGCAUGCCAGCUGGACAAUGCAGAUGAGCAAGCAGCCCAGAUCAGAAGAGAACUUGAUGGACGGCUGCAGCUUGCAGAACAAAUAGCCAAGGAAAAAAAGUUUCCAAAAUUUGGGUCAAAGGAGAUGGAAGUCAUGUACAUUGAAGAAUUGAAGUCAUCUGUAAAUCUGCUAAUGGCAAAUUUGGAAAGUCUUCCUGUUUCUAAAGGAGGCCCAGAAUUUAAGCUACAAAAGUUAAAAAGAUCUCAGAACUCUACAUUUUUGGAUUUAGGAGACGAGAAUGAUAUCCAGCUGUCUAAAUCAGAUGUGGUGCUUUCGUUUACUCUAGAAAUAGUUAUCAUGGAAGUCCAAGGUCUAAAAUCAGUCGCGCCUAAUCGGAUUGUGUACUGCACGAUGGAAGUAGAAGGAGGAGAAAAGCUUCAAACUGAUCAGGCAGAAGCAUCUCGCCCACAAUGGGGAACACAAGGAGAUUUUACGACAACUCAUCCACGGCCUGUAAUCAAAGUAAAAUUAUUUACUGAGAGCACGGGCGUCCUAGCACUGGAAGACAAGGAGUUAGGAAAGGUAAUACUGAAUCCAACCCCCAACAGCGGCAAGUCUCCAGAGCUGCAUAAAAUGAUCGUCCCAAAAAACAGCCAAGAUUCUGAUCUGAAAAUCAAGCUAGCAGUGAGAAUGGAUAAACCUCCAAAUAUGAAGCAUUGUGGCUUCCUGUAUGUACUUGGACAGAAGGUAUGGAAAAGGUGGAAGAAAAGGUUCUUGGUCCUGGUGCAGGUAAGCCAGUACACCUUUGCUAUGUGCAGUUACAAAGAAAAGAAGGCGGAGCCACAGGAACUCAUGCAACUCGAUGGAUAUACAGUGGAUUACACAGAGCCUCAGUUAGGUUUACAAGGUGGCAGAGCAUUUUUUAAUGCAGUAAAAGAAGGUGAUGCCAUUGUAUUUGCCAGUGAUGAUGAACAGGACAGAAUACUGUGGGUACAGGCUAUGUACAGAGCCACAGGUCAGUCAUAUAAACCUGUACCCCCAAAUCAAGUACAGAAAUCCAACACAAGAGGAGGACAAAUUGAAGUGCCUGUUUCUCAAGUCUCUGGAAAAGAUGCUGAGCGUGCUCAGAAACAUGGCAUGGAAGAAUUUAUUUCAGCCGAUCCCUGCAGAUUUGACCAUAGCAUACUAUUUAGAACACUUCAAAAGCGGACACUAGACCAUCGGUUAAAUGAUUCCUAUUCAUGUCUGGGAUGGUUUAGCCCUGGACAGGUGUUUGUCCUGGAUGAAUACUGUGCGCGUUAUGGAGUCAGAGGUUGUCACCGACAUAUUUGCUAUUUGACAGAACUAAUGGAUAAUGCAGAAUCUGGUGCUGUGAUUGAUCCCACCUUACUGCAUUACAGCUUUGCAUUCUGUGCAUCACAUGUUCAUGGCAACAGGCCUGAUGGGCUAGGUACAGUAACUGCACAGGAAAAAGAAAGAUUUGAAGAUAUUAAAGAAAGACUACGCCUACUCUUGGAAAAUCAGAUAACACACUUCAGGUAUUGUUUUCCUUUUGGACGGCCUGAAGGGGGCUUAAAAGCUACACUUUCGCUACUUGAAAGGGUUUUGAUGAAAGACAUUGCUACACCUGUGCCACCAGAGGAAGUGAAAAAAGUGGUAAGAAAAUGUCUCGAGAAGGCUGCCUUGAUCAACUAUACUCGUCUUACAGAAUACGCCAGAAUCGAAGCUGCACCUGACAAGGACACAGAAAUGUUGAACCAAGCCAGUCCUGAGAAAAAGCUUGAAGAUAUAUUACAGUUAGCAGACCUGUGCAUUGAAGUUCUACAGCAAAAUGAGGAACAUCAUUCAGAGGGGAGAGAGGCUUUUGCGUGGUGGCCAGAUUUAAUGGCCGAGCAUGCGGAGAUGUUCUGGUCCCUGUUUGCAGUUGAUCUGGAUUCAGCCCUGGGUGCUCAGGCUCAGGACUCCUGGGAAAGCUUUCCACUUUUUCAGAUGUUAAAUAACUACCUGAGAAAUGACUCGCACUUAUGUAACGGGAAGUUUCACAAGCACUUGCAAGAGACUUUUGUCCCUCUGGUUGUCCGAUACAUUGAUCUCAUGGAAUCUUCCAUAGCACAAUCUGUUCACAGAGGAUUUGAACAGGAAACAUGGCAGCCUGUUAAGAGCAUCACAAAUAGUCUUCCAAAUGUGCCUCUUCCAAAAGUUCCAAGUCUGACCCUUAAUCUUCCACAAAUACCAACCUUUUCUGCACCAUCCUGGAUGGCUUCUCUAUAUGAUUCCACCAAUGGAUCAGCAUCAUCUGAAGAUCUCUUUUGGAAACUGGAUGCCUUACAAAUAUUUGUUUAUGACUUGCACUGGCCAGAACCAGAAUUUUCCCAGCAUUUGGAGCAAAGGCUCAAACUAAUGGCUUGUGAUAUGAUAGAAGCAUGUGUGAAGAGGUCAAGUGUAUUCUUUUCUGUAAGACUACAGCAAAUCAAUAAAACCCAAAAAAUUAGAAUACCCAGUCGAGUAUGCUUUCUUUUUGCUAAUCUGCUGGUCCCCUGCCAUAAACAAACUGCAAAAACCCCACUGCUGGAAGCUGGCAGGGAGAGAGUAUGGCAGUGGCAGCAAUAUCAUUCCAAAAUAGACGAUUUGAUUGAAGAAACUUUCAAAGAAAUGAUUUCACUGUUGGUUUCAAAGUUUGUUGCAGUUUUAGAAGGAAUGCUCGCCAAGCUGUCAAGAUAUGAUGAAGGAACGCUUUUCUCAUCCAUACUUUCAUUCACUGUGAAAGCAGCCUCUAAGUACGUUGAGGUCCCAAAACCUGGAAUGGAUCUUGCAGACACAUACAUCAUGUUUGUUCGACAGAACCAGGAUAUCUUGCGAGAAAAGAUCAACGAGGAACUGUAUGUAGAAAAACUGUUUGACCAAUGGUACUGCAGUUCAAUGAAAUCCAUUUGCAUAUGGCUUACUGAUAGGUUAGACCUCCAACUUCACAUUUACCAGCUAAAGACACUCAUCAAGAUAGUUAAGAAAACCUACAGAGAUUUCAGACUGCAGGGAGUACUAGAAGGAACGCUUCACAAUAAAACCUAUGAGACUAUUCAUAACCGACUGACAGUUGAAGAGACCACCAUAUCUGUCUCUGAUGGUGGAGGGCUUCAGGGCAUUACUAUGAAAGACAGCGAUGAGGAAGAAGGAUAAAUAGUUAUGUGUAAAGUUUGAUGGUUUAUGUUCACAUGCAGAGCUUAUGGAAUUGUUUUUAUUAUCGUUCAUACUGUAUUACCAUGCACAUCUACGUGCUUUAUGGCCGUAGAGGUGAAAGUAGAACUGUUUUCAUUACUGAUAGACAUUUUCCAAUUCUUCAGAAGGCGCUGAGACGGUGAUAAGAGAAAUGUAAUGCCAUGUAUUUUUUAUUUUUGAACAAAUUCUUAAGUAAAAGAUUACUUGUAAUGAUGUAUAUGUAUUCUGGUAUUGUAAAGUGAACACUAAUGCUGUUUUAUAAACCUAUAUCUGACUUCCCCUGAGGAAAGAAGAAAGCUUUGGGUCUGUAAUGGAAAAAUAAAGAAACACAAUUGUGCUUAUAGGAUGCAAACUGUAUAGCUUAACAACUGAACAUAUUAGAGGCAGAAUAAGAUGUCCAUUUACUACAACAAACUCAGUUUAGAUCCAUCACUGUGCCAUAUCUAUUUCUACCCUUCUUACAGGAGGCGAGUUUUAUCACACCAGCACCGUUGUAUUCUUUAUAUUUGCCUGUAAUUGAGGCUUCUGUCAAUAUAGUCAGCAAACUAGUUCACUCUCCAUCAUGUGAACAGAACCGCUUACCUUUGCAUUUGUGCUGCUAAUUGGUAUAUCUGACUUGAAAACACUGCUGUCGAACAACAAACUCAUAAAUUAUUAAAAUGUUGUGCCUAAUGUUCAGUGCAUUUUUUAAUGCAAUUUUCUGAUCACAUGGAGUGAUUUGCAGGAAAUCUGUAUUAUUUCUGUGCAUAGCCGCAUAAAGACUGGCUGUCAUAUAAAAUUAUUUUAUCAUGGCAUAUAAUCAAAUAGAUUUGUACAGAUUGUGAAAUAAAAUACAUUUCCAUUUA